AACAGCACUAGAAAAAUCUUAUCACGGUGGGACACACUGUACAUAUAAACUGUAUUUUGUUGAAAACUUAAUAUUUCAGUAUAUCUAAGAACUUCACCAGAUAUUGUUUAUAAAAGAAUGCAAGAACGUAACCGUCCUGAAGAGCGUACUAUACCAUUGGAAUAUCUGGAAGACUUACAUAAUUAUUAUGAAAAAUGGUUAAUAGAAAAAACAAACUAUAAUCUAUCAUGUCCAAUAUUGGUGAUAGAUGUUGACAAAGACUUAGGUGACAGUCAGCGUAUGGAUAUGUAUAAAGCGUUUGAAGAUGCAAUUCUUGGAAAAAUACCAGUUAUACAAAAUUGAUAUCUAUAUAUAUAAUAUAAUAGUUGAUGAUAUACCAUCCAUAUUUUUACAUUGACAUAUGCAUGGAUAUAACCAAGUAUAGUGAUAAGCAACGAUUAAGUAUUAAGUUUUAUACAAUGAUUAGUUAUUUGUGAUAUUUUUAAUAUAUUUCAUAUCUUUAAAAAAUAAAAUUAUAAAUUAAAGAUACUGUACAUUUUUAUUCAUUAAAUCUGAAUUCAAAAUUAAUUUACAUUUUUAUUAUGAAAAAGUAUUUAAUAGGACAUACAAAAUAUUUACACCACCAACAUUGGUUAUUAUGUUAAAUAUAAUGUUUAUCAUUAAUUAUAUUAUACUUUAAUUAUUAUAUUUUUUAAUUCUUCUGUUGGACACGUUUUCCUUUUUGAUUCCAAUUUUCGGACUCACUUCCUAUCCUUUGUAACGCUUCAGUAUUAACAUAAUACAUGCAUGCACAACAUGAUGGUAUUUUAAAACUUUCAUAAUAAAUUUCGUUUGAAUCUUUCAUGGCAACCAAUUUCUUAUAGAUAAAUUUUUGUACACAUGUCGAAUUGUGGCCUGGUGGUAAGUUUCCAUUAAAUUUGCAUGGGAAUUCAGCAUUUCUACAUAAAUAAAUAUUUUACUUAUGUUUUUAAAUAUUAAAUAUUUUUAUUGUUACUUACAUACACUCUUCCACUCUAAUUCCUUGUUUAUAGUUACUCUUGUCAUUACUCAAAUCUUGUAUGAUAUAACGCCAUUCAUUAUUUUUAUUUUGACCUGCUUCUGGAUAUAUCACUUUUUCCUAGAAAAAAUAUUGUUUUUUUUUUUUUUUUAAUCAACAAAUUUAUUUUAGAUGAGUUUGAGAUUUUAGAUUCUAGGUACUUGAUUUUAUACACAGCUAUUUGACAGUGGUUGAAUUUAAUUGAAGACUUAUUAUGGUUAACAUUAAUAUAACUAACUAUAUAAAAAUUUCUUAUAACAUAGGUCAAAUUUGAAAAUUUCUCUUGAAACAUAGUUUCAUAUACACAAUUGACAUACUUAAACGGUUUAUACUUUGUAAGGAUAACUACAUUAUAUCUAGAUGACAAUUAAGAAGCUGAAUUUAUUUUUGUGAGCUCUGGUUGUUCUUUUGUUUGUUUAUUUAUCUUGUGUACACCGAUAUCAUGUCGUAUGCAUUAAAAAAAAAUACUAUCUAUGUCUUGUUAAUGAAAAAUAAUUUAUAAUUUAUUUGUUUUUUUUUUUUAGAAUAAACUAAAAAUUGCUUCGGAAAUUUUAUAUAAACAGAGAAUUAUUUGGAAUGAGGAUACAGUUAAUAUAUAUACAAAUAAUAUUGAGAAAUAUUAAGUAGGUAUUGUAGGUAUAGGUAAUUUGUGAAAUUGUUCUCAAAACUUUUACAAGUUGCAAUUAAAAAUUGGUUGUAGUGUUUUUCUGUGUUUGUACAUUUCACACUGGUAUAAUUACAAGUUUUAUUUUCAUUUUUAUUAACUUUAAAAUUAAAUUAGUUAAUACAUUAUACAAAUUAACACCUAAUUAUUUUCAAAACUACAAUUUUUGUUGAGAUUCUAAUUGGAGAUAAAGUUUUUAAAAUUGCAUUUAAAUUACAUCAUACAACAUGGCAGUUUUUCCUUGUAAAUAAUUCAAAUUCUAAAAAUAUUUUUUAAACAAUCCUUAAUACAAAUAAACUACUUACUAACUACUGGUUAAUGGUAAAAUAAUUAUUUGGAAUACUUGUUAUAUUUACAGAAAACUUUUUGGAUCAAGAAAGUUAUUAAUAUGAGAAUUUUGUGUGCCUAAACUAAAAAUAAUUCGAUUGGAAAAUAAACAUUUCUAAAGUAUGCUCAAAAUAUUUAAAAAAUUUGCUAUCUCAAAUGUAAAACAUAAUUUAAUAUCAUAGUUUUACAUCUAGGUAAGUGAUUAUCAUGAAAACUACUAUUUUCAAAUUCCAGCCUUAAUCUCUUCAUUGGUUUUUAGUGUAGGUAAGUAGUUUCAGGUAAUUAGUUUCAUUAUUUUAAAUAUCAAGCAUUAAGCUAUCUUAAGUUAAUUUUUGUCAAAUUUUGAUUAUUAAUAGUAUUUCGUUUUUAUUAAUUCAAAAUUCGACACACAAUCAACACCAAUUUUCUACCCAGGCUGCAGUGUAUCCCAUCUGUUAUGUGUAAAAAUAAAUAUUUAUUUCUUGCUACUUUUGAACUAUUUUUAGCAGUAUUUUCUAGACCAACUUGACUUAAACUUUUUUUUUUUGAAGUAGUAUCCUACCUUUAUUCAGUUAUACCAUUGAUUUUAUAAUGUACUAUAGGUUAUGCAUAUAUUAGGUAAUAUAUUAUAAAAUCAAUUUUUAUACCAUUAUUAUUAUUCAGUUAUUAAUUGUUUUACAAAAAAUAUUUUAAUAAUAAGAAAUAAUUAGAAGAAGUUCAAUCAUAGUGAAAUAGCUUUGCUACUGGCAGGUAUUUUUAAAUUCAGUACCUACUUAUUAAUUCAUUAACUAUUCUUUUUUAGUAAUAUAGGUAGGUGUAUUCAAUAUCAAUUGGUGCAAAUGCUAUAAAAAUACUCACUAUUGAAUCGCAAAAUGGUUGAAGAUAAAUAUUUGAAUUUGAAAUCCUUGUUUCCACUAAAUCAUUCGUCUAAAAUAUAAAUAUAUAUUUAAUACACAAUUACACAUUUUGGAUUUUCACUGGUGAAUUAAUAACAAUAAGUAAUAUAGGUAUUUUACGUACACCUUCUUCACUUAUAGGAUCUGUAUUGAAAAAUGUAGAGGACAUAUAUUUGCUGGUUCUAAAAAUAUGAAGCAAUUCAUUUCUAAAAAAAAAAUAAAUUAACGUUUGAUUUUUAAUGUAAAUAAUUAUAAUUUAGGUGGUAUUCUAGAACGGUAAUUUUUUGUUUACUUUGGGUAAUUAUCGAUAUUGGUACAUAAACUUCCAUUCAUUGAACAUUUUGCAAUUACACGAGGUUCCGGUAUUAAUUUAUUAGUUGAAAAUGGCAAUUUUUCUUUAACUAAUUCUGUAGGAAAAACUAUUGUUGAUGGCACUUUGGUUUGUGGUAAUUUUAAAACAUUGCUGUUUAUACUACUGUUAUUGGUCGAAUAUCCAUUUUUCACUAAUGAUUUUGUCUGAUUUGAUGUUGGUAAAGCUCUUAUAGUGCUUAUGUACUUAUUGGUAUUACGAGGUUCAGUUCUAAAAAUUAAUAGGUAUAAAUUAUAUGUAUUCAGAUUAAAUACUUUAAUUGUACUGUUAUUUCAUUCUGGUUAGAUUUAUUAAUUUCUCUUUGUUUUUGUUUCAACUGGUUUUCAAUGUGAAAUUAAUAUUGAUGUUAUAUUAAAUAACAUAUAAACAAAUAUUUACUGCCCACAAAUCUGGUUUUUUAUGAUUAAAUUAUUUUCAGAUGGUAUUUAUUUAUUUUAUCCAAAUUGGAAAUUUUUUAUAUGAACUUUGUCUUUACAUUCUUUCUAAAAGUCAUGUUUAGCAUUUAAUCACUACAGAAGAAUAUAUACCAACUGUACUUUCACUCAUAAAUACAUAUAUACCUUACUAACUUUUCAUUUUUAUUUAUUACUGAGAUCAUAAUAAUAUGUAGAUAAGGUGUAUUAUAUUGCUUCACUCUAAACAGAUUUUUUUUUCAACUUUAAAUAAAAAAUAACUGAUAGGUACUGGAAAUGGGUGUACCACUGUUAUAGGUCGAACAAAAAUCAUACACAAAUUUAAAGCAAUAUUAAUCUUUUUUUCUCCUACAAACCAAUCUAUGAUGACUACUGUUUAGACACCCGUAUCAUUAUCCCUAUAUGUAUUAUAGGCAAACAAUUUUCCUAGUUAUACUAUUAUCACUAUUUUUUGGUAACAUUAAUAAAAAUACGCAAGAAAUAAUACAUAACACUGUUACAAAUACUUUGUUAUUUUAUUGCUUAUAGCCGUAAUUGAAAAAUCACAGCCAAAAAAUUCCAAGGAGGGGCGAUCCAACAAUCACCUCCCCGCCCUCAAAUAGGUAUGUCACUGCAAUCUAUCAUCCACCCCAGAUAUAAUAUUUUUAACCAUGAGAGUACCUAUAUAAUAUAUAGUAUAUACAUAAAAAGCUGUACUAGGAUAAUGGGGACUGGUGCAGCCACUGUUAUAGAUGAUAAGUUGGCAAGGAAGGAUACAGAAUAGAAUAUUAAUGUAUAUCUGUGAGCAACGAAAAAAAUAUUCAGCGGAGUUUUGUUGAUGGUGAUGUUUUAUCAAUAUAUAUAUAUAUGACAUAUUAUGGUAAAAUAAUUAAAUAGGUAUUAUAUAUUUUAUUUCAUAAUAUUUGUUUAAUGUACCAAUUUUUACGUUUUCCCUGUUUUCCGGUGUUCUUCCCGGUUUUGUAUAUUGUUCAUAUGCCCAACUCUUGGGGAAAUCGAAAAAGACCCAUCUAAAGUACCUCCCCACACCGAUUUCCUUUCAGAAAAGGUGUUACACUAAUCGCAGCAAGAUCUCUGGUAGAAAAAUUGUUCACAGAAAAUAAAAUAUGUUUGUAAAACCAUAAGUUUCUUCGCUCCACUCAGAAUUUCAACUGAAAUGUAUUAUUUCCCAAUUUCAAAUUAAUUAUAAUUUAUAGUAUGUACAAUGAACAUUAAGACCCCAUCUUAUACACAUCUCUGAUUUAUUUUUUAAUAUUUUCGUCAUGGUUAAAAAGUCAUGCUUUUCACCUACUGAACUAAAUAGUAGUAUUUAAUUCCGUGUUUUCAGCUUAUAGAUAAUAGACGUAAUAUAAACAUAACCCCCUCCCAAGAAAAAAGUUUCUAUAAAAACGCAUAUAGCCCUAAACAGUAUCUACGAUGUAGAGAAAGUAUCUUCUCUAGAAGAAAUAUCUUACUCUCGUAUCAUAGAGUAAUCAUUCUUUACCUACCAAUAUAUAUUCAACUAAAAUUAAUUUAAGAAACUAUAUGUAUUUCAUUUUAAGAAAAUAUAUUUGAAAAUUACUGCUAUAUAUUUAAAAAGCCAUAAUUUAUUACAACCAAUAAUGCAUGGAGUAAAUACAAGAUAUGCAAAGAAUAAUUUUUUAUUAAAAGACCAAAAAAACACAUUUGGUAGAUAUUUUGAAAUAAUUGGUACCAAAUUAUGUAACAAAUUACUAUUCUAUAUAAUAAAUCUUUCAGUUUAUUUAUUUAAAAAUGGCAUUCUGCAAUGACUAUUGGAGUCUUGUAACAAAUUAAUUAUAUAAUAAUAUUACUUUAAUUUAAUGUAAUUACUAAUUAGUAUUACCUAGUUUUUAGUAUUUUUUAGUUUAUCAUUUACAUGUUAUUUGUUUGUAAUUAGAUGCCUAUUAGAACUCUUGGGCCCCACAAGAGUCUUAUCAAUGAGACUCAGUACUCAUAUGUACAUGAAAUUAAAUUGAUUAAAUAAAUAAACAUAUACUAUUUGAAUUUUGAUGUCAUAUAAAUUCACAAUUACAUAUGCCUACUAGGUAUAUUAUAAUAUUAGUAGGUAACUAAUGAACUAUCUAUUUGAUUAAAAUGGUUCAAAGAUAAGAUAAGGGUAGGUAUUUAAAUAAUCUUAAAAUUAGCCUUGUUGAUAUAUGCAUUUAUAGUAUGAAUUUAUUAUACAGUAAGUAAAUAUACUUGCAUAACAAAUAGUAUAAAUUUUAAAUUCUGAACAUUAAAAAUAUUCAAAGAAAUGGAAAAAAUAAAUACCUACCUACAUUUUUUUACCUUUAUAUUCGUGGUAAAACCACUACAAUUUUUUGAAUUUUUAAAUAGCAGCCUAUAUUAAAAUGUUUAGACAAUAUUAAUUUAAAUUUUGGUGUUGCAAUUAUUAAUUUCUGUCAACCCGUUGACGAGACAUUCUACUAUUAAGUUUGAUUUGGAGGAGAGUAGUAGAUCAUUAUUCUAACACAGUAACACCACACAGCCACACAAAUGAUGCUCCGAUACUCUCCCCUACCUAUAAUUAAAAGUAAAAUUUCUUCAUUGGUCGACGAAAAUUAAAAUUAUUAAUAUAAAAAUGUAUUUAAAUUAAAACUUCAUUUAGUUAUGGAAUUUAAAAAUAGGAUUCAAUAUAAUAAAUAGUCUAAUUGAGUCCUAUAUUUUUGAUCAUAUUAAAUUAGUAUGAGGGCAUUAUUAGAGAAGUAGGUAGGUACCGUAAUAGCUAAUUACAUAUACUUUGGAUCAAGGUGUCAAGCGGUUAUCUGCUACUAGAUGAAUAUAUAAACGUGCUUCUCGUGUUUCAUUAGGUACCUACCCAGUCAAUAGUCAUUCACAUGUUAUUGAUUAUAACGUGAUAUUCGAGUUCCUUUGGUCAAGUAAGGUAGCCAAUUAUCUUCGAAAACUACACUAUUGAUACGUAAUGCUAUUGAUUAUAUUGACUAUAAAUAAUCAAUGUUAAUACAUAAAUAGUUCAAUAUAGGUAUGUGAAUCUACUAGGUAAAUAAUAGGUAGGUAAAGUUGCCAAUUAACUAGUAAGUAAUGUUUUAACAGUUAGUGAGGGUUAUUGUUGUUUUAAGUAGGUAGGUAGGUAUUCAAAAACAAAUUGUUUACGAUUAUUUAUUAUAGGUAGGUAAAAGUAUUAAAUUCACAUUUUUUCUGCUCAUACCUAAUGCCUCAUACUUAAAUUAUUGAGUUUUGUUUAGAUUUGAGGUGGAUAACAUUUAUUGGCAACUAAACAAUUGUAAUACCUACAGUUGUAUCAUAUUAAGUUCUUCGUGUAUGACACUAUAAAAGUUAUCGAAAAUUCGUAACUAUUUCAAAUUUUGAUGAUAAUUGUAAAAUUUAGAAUAUUUCAGGUAGUAUUUUCCAAUUAUGUAGAUAAAACUUUUUGAGACAUCUAUGUAAAAAAAUGGUUAAAAAUUUGAACAAUUGUAAUUUACAAAUUAAUACGAUGUUAAUUUAAUUUAAUCAAGUUUAUCAUGAAUUAUAGUAGGAAUUUUUGCAUUAAAACUAAAAACUACCAAGUAAUAAGUAGAUACCUAUCGACCCAUAUUUGUAUUAUAUAGUUAUAAUACUUUUACAUUAGGUAUGCAGACUAAAUUGUUACAAAAAUGUGUUUUGUUUUCAAACAUUUGUUAUUUAGGUACAUAAUAUAUUGCAUACCUACUAUAUUGUAAUUAUGUACCUAUAAUUUUUUGUUUGAUUUAAUCUUUAAAAAUGUGAAUUGUUCACAUAGGUACAUCAUCAUUGUAAUUAACUGUUUAUAGGUAUAUUGUUUUUGUGUAGAUAAUUAUAACUAUACCAAGAAUAAUGAUACCUAGUCAUUUUUAUAUUUAAUUAAUAAUUUUAAUUCAUCAUUUAUUAUAUUUUAUUACCUACAUAAUAAUUAUAUAAGAUAUAUUAGGUAGGUAUGCAUAUUUGAGAGUUCUGUGACAAAUCAAAAGAUCAAAUCUAAAAUUCCAAAAUCUAAGUUAAAUUUGUAAGUAAUGAAUACAUUCCGUGAAACUACGUGGAAAAUAAUAGCAAACGCUUUUUAUUUUUGUAUUUGUGUUUGAGUAAGUAAUUAUUUUUAUUUUAAAAGUAAUUUUCUUUUUUUCAUUUAUACCUAUAAUUAAUAAUUGAUGAAAAACGUUAUGAUUUGUAAUUGAAACAUAUAAUUUCAAAAAUGUAUAAUUUAGUUGUUGUAUUGCAUACUGUUUAUUCUGGCUGUAGGUAAUGUGAAUUUUAUACCACACAAUAUAAUAAUAAUAAUCUUCAACAUUGUUUAAUUGUUAUAAGAUUAACAUUUUCAUGGACUAAUAUAAUUACUCUAACUCUAUGAAAUUAAAUUCUAUUUUGUGUGAAAAAAUAAUUAUUAAUAACAAUAUAAAUAUAAUAAUAUAACAAUAGGCUAAUUAUCAUUAUAACUUUUUAUGUUAUAGCAUCUUAAAUAAUCAAGUAAUAUGGUCGGAUGGCAAUAUUCUUAUCCCAGUUUUUUUUUUUUUUGUUAGACCUUAUGUUUAAUUACUGCCUUCUAAUACCUACUAAUCUUUCAUGUACAAGUAGUUAUAUUUUUGUAUAAUAAUGUAAGUACAUUCCAAAAAACAAAAUAGCUUUACAGUAUAAAUUAUUUCCUAUUUCAUUUAUAUAUAAAAAAUGAUCCUUUCAUUAAAAAAAAUAUACAAUUAGCUUUAAGUAAAUGAUUUUUUGGUACCUAGUUUUUCUUUAUUAGUUAUUAUAAAGAUAAAUAAAUAAUAAAUAUUAAUAUAAUUAAUUAAUAUAAUUAAUUAAUAUAAUAUUAUAAAGAAUAAUAAAUCAUAAGCUUCAAUAAUAUUUUACUAUAGUCUUCCCAUUUGAUUAAACAAAUAAUUAAACACUUAAAUAGAAUAUUAGGUACUUAUUUAAUUAUUGUCUUAUUUAGAUAUAUUGAAAUAUAGUUAAUUCAUAAAGUUUUUAAUGUGUCUGGUGUACUAUAUUCUAAAAAAUAGGUAAAAUAUAAGUAUUUUUUAGUUUAUUUAUUAAUUGUAUUUCAUAAUAAAGUUAAGAAAUGUGAAGUUGCCAACCUUUAAGUCACAAAUAAUUUUGAUUACGUCAGGUACCUUGACAUUUUAAUAGUAAAAAAAAAGAUGUUUCAAAAACUAAAACAAGGAAAAUAUGAAAGGCCAAAAAACAAGUAAAAACUUAAUCCAUCACUGUAAUUUGAAAGUUAAAUUUAAUUUAACUACCUAUCGUAAUUGAUAGACUCCACAUUUAAAUUUUAACUUUAUAUUAAAAUAGAUCUCGCGAACAAUUGGUUAAAUAUUUUGGGUCAUACAUACUCAAAAGUUGACAACUGCUAGUCUACAGUACCAGGCACUCAUGUUGACUAUAAGGAUUAACUUACUUUUGAUCUUCUAUAUAAUCUCUCGAAGUCGUGGUUGUUGUAAUAUCUCUUUUAACCAAACUUCUUUUUGCAGGCCUGUAUUGAUAUUUUCGUGGAAACCAUAAAUAUUCUUCCAAGUACGAAUUGUAGUUAUAUGACGUGUGAUGUAAUGCUAUUGAAUUAGUCAAUUGAAUCUAUAAAAUAUAUAAAUAUAAAAUGACUUAUUAUAGUUAAAAUUAAAAUUAAUUCCUAUCUUUAUGCUCUAUAAUACUCUUGUUUUACUUUACCUAUAAUAAUCUAUUUUUAAACUAUAUGUAUGCAAUGACAGUUUCUGUAUGAAUAUAGAUCGAGAAACUCAUUGAAUUCAACAACUUAAUAUAUUAGAUGAUCUCCAGUAUGAAUUAAUGUUCUUUUUUCCUAUACCUUCGUAGGAAGUCAUUUAUGACUUUUUAACCAAAUUUUUUCUUAGGGGGGUCGAGACUCUGGACUCCCCCCUCGAAAAUACGCCACUAUACAGUAUAUUUAUAGAUUAGGUACUAUCACAAUAUAAGUAAAAUACCUUAACAUUUUUUCAUCAUUAUUUAUAAAGUGUGAAUCACUUAUUGGUCAUAUUAAAAUUUAAUUCUGAUAACUACGAUAAUAACUUGUAAUAAUUAAUUAUAGUUAAAUUAUAGGUAUUUAUUAUACUUGAAUAAGUUAUAAUAAAUACCAAGAUAAAUAAUAGUUAAAUUUCGGGAUUUUUUUAAAUAUAGGUUUUAUACUAUUAUCUAUUAUACACUAAAAAUGUUACAGGUCAUAGGUAAUUGACACAUGAUAUAUAUAUAUAUAUAUAUAUAUUUAUAGCAGUAAUGCGGAUGUACAAAUUAUCGCGAUUUUAAUAAUUGUUCAAAUAUCAAUAUAAUAAAAAUAACUCUGUAAGACUAUUGUAGUACCAAAUUUUCAAAUAAUGAAUAUCACAAAUAUGAAUAUUUUUUUUUAUUGUUAAACUAAAUUUCCCUAAAAAAUUAACUGUACCAAAUCACCUACCUAGGUACUAAUAAUUAUAAUUCUUAUUAUUCAUCAUUGAGAAUAUUAGGAUUAUAUAAUGUUCUUAAUCAAAUUAAAUCGUAUUAUUGAAUCUUCAUUACGCACAUAUUCGAUUAAAAUCUGUGUUAUAUCACACAAUCAAAAUUUCUAAUCACACACUAGGUAUAUCUUACAUAAUUUGAUUUUGAACAGAAUAGGUAUACCUAUAUAUUAUUAUACAUAGUUAAUCAAUGAUAAUCGUAAGACAUUUAAGUAGGUAUUGUCAAAAAUGAUUAAAUAAUAUGAUUACUCCGUGAAGCAAUAGGUAUGAUCUUCUCGAUUUUUUUUUUUUAUUCCUAUUCAUUUUUAAUCAAUUAAAUCUUUCCAUCCCUUUAUUGGUUAGUUUUGUGUGAAAAAUAUACAUAUUAUAGUUAUAAUUUUGUUGAUAAAAACUUAAGUUCUAUAAUUUACUGUACUUAGUAGUGUUGGAAAUAGGUUCCUAUUUUCAAUUUAAACUAUUUUUUAUUUUAGGUACUAUCUAUCUAGAUAUUUAUAAAAUACACAAUGCAUGUCUUCAUAAUUUAUGAUAAUAAUAAUACUUAAAAUAUAUAGUUCCAAAGUAGGUAGAUGGUUAUUUAUAUUUAUUGGUAAUAAUUUGUAUAAUUUGUAUUCUUAAAAAUAUAUUAUUUCUUUAAAUCACCUACUAUUGAAAAUUAAUGCUUGAUAAACAUGGUUUUUUAUUUUUUAUAUUUAGAACUCUAUCAUUACAUCUUUUAUUUAUUUACUGUAAUAAUAAUAAUUCGUUAUGAAUCAAUUAAGUUUCAAUACAUUAUUUUUAAACCUUUUUUGUUUCUAGGUAUAUAACUAAAAUGUCAAUUAAACACAAUGUAAAUUACAUGGUCGAUUUAGUUACAUAUGUUAAUUACUAUAAUUUAUAAAAAAUUUAAUAGGCUAUAAAUAUCUAAAGAAAUAGGUACUUCAGUUGUGUUAAAACAAAAUUUAUGUGCACUGCACAUUAAUAGAAUGAUUUAAAAAAUUAAUAGCACGUUAUUGUUUGAUUUUGGGUUCUUAACGAAUUUUGUUUUCUUUAAAAUAAUAAUUGUAAGCAUCUACUUUAUAGUGCAUUAUAUUUUUAUCCCGGUCGGUAUUAGGAUUAGAAAAAAAAAUCUGAUAAUGAGAACGGAUGCACCACUGUUGUAGGUAGUAGGUGGGAAGUCAGGAAGGUAUGAUAAAUAAAGUUAUUUCAUUUAUACCUGUAAGCAACGAUACACCAUUGUUAACGAAAAACCAUUGGGAGCGAAGUUCGGUUAUAUAUAUUUUAAAAGGCCGUAAUAUUUACGAUUUUUUUGAUUUUAACUCUUAUUAAAAAAAAAAAUACAUAAAACUAUAUAUUUUUUAUAUUUUUUUACCAUAUUUUAGCAUAUUUUUUUUACCACUUAGUAUGACUUAUAACGAACCUCUUGUUAAAUUUCUAAACAUUUCUGUUUAGUCUAACAAUUUUAUCUAUCAAACAAAAAUUACGUAAAAACCUCGCAAAAUUAAAAUAGUCUAAAAAUGGCUUAAAUGUUUUUAAAAUUUGAUCACAUUUAAGAAAAGUAAAGAAAAUUUUUUGGUCAAAAUGUCAAGUGACUACGAAUAUUCUUAACAGAAUUACAACAAAAAAUAGCUGAUGUUAAUGGGUGUAUCAUUGUAAGUGGUAAGUUGUAAAAGUAAAAUCUAGGUAAUUAAAGUAAUUAUCUACAUUUAUAUUUCAAAAAUAAGUUAUUUCUGACGAAAUACAAUUCUGAGCGUGAUUCGGUUGAAUAUAUUUAGACUAAUAUAAGUAUUCUGUGAAAAUGUUAGGUUUCUAUGUUUAUUUUUAACCGAAUUCCUAAAAAAGACGUCCUAGGAUAAUGGGAACGGGUGAAGCCACUGUUGUUGAUGAUUUAAUGUAUACAUGACGUAAGUAAUGAUAAACCAAUUCUGAACGGAGUUCAGUUGAUAAUGAUGUUUUGUCUACAAUAUAUGUCAUUUUAUAGUAAAUUAGUUAAAUAGGUUUUAUAUAUUUUCUUAAAUAAUAUUUGUUUAAUGUUGUACCGAUUUUUCCAGUUUUCCUACGUUUUCCCGUUUUUCCUCUGUCUUUUUCGGUUUUUGAUAAGAAAACUCCUCAACUAUUAUGAACAUAACUUCGAAAAUCAAAAAACGAAUUACUCUUUCACUAAACUAGAUUAAAAAUGCAAAAAAAUAGGUUUCUUGUCAUUCUUCUAUUGGAGCAGUAACUUAACCUAACCUCACCUUAGAAAACAAAGUUUGCAAUCAUUUAAACAAUGAAAUCGGUGACGCUACAGCGUGUCGUAAAUAUUUGCCGUUUUACCUAUAAUUUUCGUUACGGUUUUUUACAAUUAUUUUGAAACCCCAUUUGAAAAUCAAAAAAUGAUUUUCCAAAAAUUUCAUUUCAGAAAAAUUACUACACUCCAUACAUCUGAGCAAGAUUCGAAACAAAAAAAUACACAUCCUAUAGAAAAACCAAUUAGUCCCUCGCUACGCUCAGAAUUUAAAAAAAUGGCAUGCAAAUUACACAAUAUUAUGUACCUUUCUAAUACUAAAAAUGUUUCGUUCCGUGAAUGUAUACCAGCAAUUUUGCUCAAACUCAUAAUGAUAACAAUGUCUCUAAAAGGAAAUUUUACUAGGGUGGUACUUUAGAGAGGUCAUUUUUCGAUUUUUUCAGGAGUUUUCUCAUCAAAUUUUAAAAACCAAGAAAAAACAUGGGAAAACAUAGGAAAACUCGGGAGAUCAGUACCUAAAACUUUACACAAAUAUUAAAGAAAAUAUAUAAUGCCUAUUUAAUUGUUUUACUAUAAUAUUACAUAUACAUAUAUAUUGUUGAUAAAGCAUCACAAUCAACUGAACCCCACUCAGAAUCGUUUUUUCGUUAGCAAUAUGAUUUAUCGUUGCUGAAAAGUAUGCAUUAAAUUACCUAGUACAGUGCUGCACCCAUCCCUAUUAUUCAGAUUUGUAAAACUAAAUUAAUAGUAUAUUAGGAUACUUUCAAAGAGAAAAAAAAAGACUUUCGGACCCCUUCCUCUAAAGUCAUUCAUUACGACUGUCGACUGUCACUGUAAUUAUUGUACCUAAUAUCGCGUACAGUGAAUAAUGAACACUUUUCUUUGGUUCAUAUUAUUGUUAGGUAUAUUUUAAUCAUUAAUCGUAUUAGGCGCCUACAGCGAGUAUACUUAAAUUUAUAUCAACAAUUGAUUAAACUCGUUUAAAUCACCUUCUAACCGACUUUAAUAAUAAUCGCCUACCGAUAUUAUAAUAAUAUAUAUACAGGUGUAUUUAUUGCGUUAAAACACAGUGUCCAUACACUUCAACGGAAUAAUAUAUUUGGGUUUUUAUGGUGUCCAUAAAUUUAUGGUGUCGUAAAUACCAUAAAGUUUAAGGUACCUAAAUAUUGUAAUACUCGGACGAGAAUAAUUAAUAAUAUAUUUCAUUACCGUGCUAAUGAGAGCCAUUAUAAUAACAAUAUUAAUCACCGUCCACGGCCGUUUGGUCAUUUUGUCGGGGUUUCGCGCGCACGCAGUCGGAAAUUGCAUUACACGCGCCUAAAUAUUUUGUUAUUAUUAUUAUUAUUAUUAUUAUUAUAUGAAAUAUCUGCAGUGCGUACAGUAAAUUAUUAAGUAGUCUGCGGUUAUAAUAGAAUCAUGUUAAGCAUAUGAUUAAUACGAUAAUAUUAUUAUGUUAAGCGACCGUUCGGUUAAAAAUCGGCGUGUUGUUUUUCAGUUUUUUAAGCGUUUUAUUUCGACGCACCACGAACACGCAUCGCGAACGGACCACCACGAAUGAUAUUUCAGC